AUGGAAACACUUUCAAUAAAAUCAUCAUUAGAGAAAUAUAACUCACAACAUAAAAAUAAUAGUGUUAAUAAUAAUAAUAAUAGUAGUAAUAAUAAAAACCAUGCAGUUAGUGGUAAUAAUAAUGAGUUUAAUAAUAGGAUAAGGGAUUCUGAUAUAAUAACAGAUUAUCAACCAAAAAUAGUUAGUAGAGGUUUUAAUAUAAAUGAUCAAAUUAAUAAUAAUAAUAAUAAUAAUAAUAAUAAUAAUAAUAAUAAUAUAAAUAAUAAUAAUAAUAAUGAUAACAAUAAUAUAGAUAAUAAUAAUAAUAAAGAAAAGUUUGAUAAAAAUAAAAAGAAUAAAGAAGAAUUUCAAUCAUUUUCCUUGGAUAAAAACGAAGCUAAAAAUAUAUUAUCAAGUCAAAUCGAGUUAAGAGAAAAAGAAAUAAAAAGACAAACCAAAUUAAUCGAAAAAGAUAAAAAAGAUUCAUUAUUUUAUGUUAAUUAUAUUAAAGAAUACAGAGAAUUAUUAAAUUCAUAUAUCAAAGAUUUUUAUGAAGAUUUAGAGAAUGACGAAUUAUUAUUAACACCCACAACAUCACCAACUACCUCACCAAAUUCAAGGAGUAGUAGUGGUGAUUCAGCAGCAAUUGAAAAAGGAUCACCAUUAGAUAUCCAACAAAGAAAAAGCAAUAUUAUUGAAAAGUCAGCAGCAUUAUCAGCUAUCGAGGGUACUAUUCAAUCACCAUUUCAAACUUUUUCACCACUUUCUUUUGCUGACCAAACCUCACUUCAAUCAAUGGCUUCGACAUCUUCAAUAGAUUUGCUUGGUAAAUCACCACCCUUAUCAUCUUUAUCAUUUUGGGAUUCACCAGUACAAAAAAGUAGUGCAGGUGUUACUGCUAGUCCUCCUAUAACAAAUUUAACAACAACACCAACAAAUUUAACAACAACAACAACAACAUCUACUACAAAAACAAUAAUUUCACCAAUAAUGGAACAUGAUCAACAAUCAACACAGCACCCAGAACAACUAAAUAAUAACACAGAUAAAGUAAAUAAUAAUGUUGAUAAUAAUAAAUUAAAUAAUGACAAUAAUAUUGAACAAACAAAAGAAACAGUUUCAAAUCUAGUAACUUCAUAUCACAGUAAAGAUGAUGAAUUAGAAAGAGUUGUUAAUCGAGCGAAAGCGGAAUCAAUAAGAUAUAAAUAUUUAAAAUCAAAGUUUGAAGAACUUUCUCAAUUGGUUCAUUCCGAAAAAGAAUAUUGGGGUUCAAUAUUGGAAAAACGAAGAAAAGAAGUAGAUUAUAAAGAAAAAGAAAUCAAUAGAUUGUUAAUGGUUGCAGAAACUCAAAAGAAAAAACUAAUGGAUUGUACAGAUCAGAUUACAAAAUUAAAAAAAUCAUUAAAUUCAAUAAGUCAAAUUAGAGAAAAUAGUACAAUUGUUGAUAUUAAAAAGAUUAAUGAAAGAUUUUCAUUUGAAUCGUUAAGUAACUCUCCAAUCCCAUCUUCAUCACAUUCAAGUUCCUCUUCUUCAAGUAGUCAUCACCAUCAUCAUAGCCAUAGUCAAUAUUAUAACAAUCGUCAUAGUCAUGAUAGUUUAACAAAUAGUAGUGGUAUUCAUGGUCAACAGCAUGCUGUUUCGAGAUCAAUUUCACCCAAUAGAUUAAUUUCAUCACCAACUCAACAUUCACCUAAAACUAUAGUUGGCUCAAGUAGUAAUAGUAGCAGUAAUUUACAAUUACCCAAAUUUUAUACUGAAGAAAAGAGAGAGUUAUAUAUUUUAGCACAACAAUUUGAAAAGAAGGAUGAGGAGAUUAGAAGGAUUAAGGAUAUUAUCGAGUAUGACACAUUCAAGACCGUAUUCUUUUCAAAUAAAGUAAAUGAAUUAAAAUUAAUUUUAGAAGAAGAAAGCAGACAAGUUGAUAGUUUACAAAAUCAAUCAUUACUAGAGAUUAAAGAAAAGGAUGAUGCUAUCUUCAAAGUUGCGCUAAGAGCUCAAAAAGAAAGGUUGAAAUCCAAUCGAUUAAAAGAUGAAAUUAAGAAAUUAUCUAAAGUUUUAAGUCAACAAUCUGAUGGCAGUGGAAAAUCAAAUAAUAGUACCACUGGUGGUAGCAAUAGUGUUAAUAAUAAUAAUAAUAGUAUCAGUAGUAAAUCCUCUAGUAGAAAAUCGCCAGAGUUAGAACCAGUUUUCAUGGAGAUGGGAGACCUUAAACAAUUCCAAGAUCUUUCUUUAAAUCAAUAUUGUGAUGAAAAUAUUCUAUCAAACUAUAUACUCGGAAAAACUCCACCACAACAAAGUGCUACACCAUCAGCUAGUGGCCAUGUAAGAAGAAACAGCCAACAACACUAUACCUACCAGACUCAUCAUUUAAAUCCAUGUUUAUCCCCACGUCUUUAUAUUCCACAGCAACAACUUUCACCACAGCAACAAUCCUCUAUCCCACCAAUUGUUAGAUCAAAUUCAGUUUCAUCAUCAAUUAAUAUUCCAUCAUCAGUAAGAAGGUCUUAUAGCCAUGAUAAUAUAAACCCCAAUGGAAAUAAUAAUGGUACUAAUGGAAAUAAUAGUGCAGUAAUUGGUACACCAACAAAUACUCCAAAUCAAUUAGUUAAUAACAAUAGUCUAAGUAAAUCACCAAGAUAUUCAUCGUCAUCAGCAUUUAGCCCAAAUAUUUUGAAUAGUGGUAGUAAUACUCACUAUGUUGGUAGCUAUGGAAGUAGUAGUGCUAAUAAUAUUGGUAGUAGUAUUGGUGGUAGUCAAUUCCUUGUUGGUUCUCCAUCAGAAAUGAUAAUGCUUAAACUUAAAGAAAUUGAAAGAUUAAAUAAAGAGGCAAUCCAAAAAGAUCAAGAAUUAAACCAAGUUAAAAAAAUUGCUGAAGCUGAAAGAUCAAGACUGUGUUUACUCAAAGAUAAAUUCCUUGAAUUACGUAAUGAACUUUUACAACACCAAGAUAACUCACAAUAUAAUAAUAAUUAUUGUACCAAAACUUAUUAA